AUGAGUCAACUAUCAGCAGCGUUUAAUCAUAGAAAGAGUGAAACAUUGCCAAGUGAUACUAUACAAAUUCUUAGGACUGAUAACUCAUGCAUGGCUAUCACUACCAGAAGUGGUAAGAUAUUACCUGACCCUUGUUUGAGCAAACCUAUUUCAGAUGAUGUGGUGGACAUAGAAGUAGAAAUAUAUAAAGAACAUCCAGUAGAGUUAGAGAAUCUUGAAAAAGAGGAGGAUCAACUUAAACAAAAGUACGUUAAAGAUUUGGAAAAAGGCAAGGGAAAGAAAGGAGAGAUGUUGACAGUAAACGUGCCUUUGGUUGAGGCAUUAGAACAAAUGCCAGGCUAUGCUAAGUUUAUGAAGGACCUUGUGACAAAGAAGUGGACUAUGAGCGAUGAACCUAUGGAUAACCUCCACCAUUGUAGUUCUAUUGGUACAAGAUUGUUAGUGAAAAAGAAAGCCGAUACGGGAGCAUUCAUUGUCCCAUGUACUAUUGGAUCGCUUGAUUUUGCAAAGGCCGUUUGUGAUCUUGGGGCCAGUAUAAAUCUUAUGCCAUUGGCGGUGUUCAAGAAACUGAGUUUGGGAGAUCUUACACCCACCAAUAUGUGA